GAUAGACAGCACUGUAUAUUCCAUCUGACUAUGGCAAUUUUCAACGACCUCGCAGUCGAACUACAAGAGGCUAUCUGGGAGCUGGUCCUCCCAGCUGCUCGUGGUGUGCACUGGAUCGAAAUUGAGGGUACCCCACAAGAUCCGGAAUACAUUCGCGACAGCAUCCGCUUCACCCAGUGGCACAAGUUCGACAGCAUCCCUGAGACGAGCGAGGACGUCUUCGAAGCACGCGAUCAUAAUCCUGGGUUUCUUGAACGGGUUAACAUUACAAAGUCCGGGGUCUCUGGCCCUUUCUUCCGCUAUCUGUAUACGACCGUGCCAGCUGUCUUCGGUCGCUUGGGGUCUGACGAUCGUACUCUUGGCCACGAAAUCGAGAAUUGCAAAAGGCAGGAAGGAGACCUUGCUGAUGAGAUUGCCUAUACACGUCGCUGCAGGCAACUAUCAACGUAUUAUCAAAUCACCACACUUCUCUCUAUUUGCCGGUUGUCACGCUGCAUCGCGAACAAGUACAUUCGAGACAAUCGAAAGUGCAGCUGGUCCGUUCACCGGAGCAUGGGCCCGCUCCAUCGGCCGCGCCCGAUGGAAGUAUGGGAGGCUCAGUACAGUGGCGGCAAGUUCCCGUCAAUCUCAGGAAGAAAACAGGUGCUUCGCCCUCGGAUGCAUACGCUCGACCUCAUUGUCUUCCGUUUGCACGAUAGUCAAGGUCGAGCAACGCCACUUCUCAGGCAAGCUGCCUGGCAGUACUAUAUUGAGUUCUACAUGCACGGGAAAACCUUUGGAUGCUUUGAUCGCGUGGGUAUCGAGUGGCAUCCGUCGUGGGGCACCGGGGUGGGGCGGGCCAUGCUGCGCUCCCAGAACGUACAAGCAAUUGUGAGGAGAAUGCAGAUGCAGCACAAGCACAUAACACCGUAUUGGCUCGUCGACGGUGUACCACGCCCGGACUGGAGUCGUGACUACCCAAAGGUAGUAGGUCACAUAUUCGCGAGGCGUAUAGCCGAGGAGAAGGAGAGACAUCUGGAACAUCUCAAAAAGCACUGGGAAUUAAGCGACGAGGAACUGGCAGCCAUGGUCACAGACCAACAUCUCAACCAAGUAUUUGAGGCCAACGGGCGUCGAUACUACAUUGUUUUUGUUGUAUUUGACUCCUUUGAAGAUGAGGAAAUAGACCAACUUGAAAAGGCUGGGCUAGGCUACUGCGAGCCAUUCCCAGGCAGUGCGUCUAUGUGGCCCGAGGCAAUCAGAGAGCCAGCGCAGCUCGCUUAUGAUGUCCAUUAUGAUGACUCUAAUAACUUGGGAACUGCAAGUUAUACUUCAUAUAUUCUUAGCUGGGAGCCAAUUCACUAGGCCCAUAAUGCUUACUAAAUGUAUUCUUGUAACUGACAACCAGUAAUCUGUCUAUCGUGCCAAUAGUUGUUUCCCUAAUCCUUCCUCUUUACACAAAUCCCGGGUAGUCUGUGUAAAUGUUUGUCUGGCCCUGAUA